AUGUAGUCACAGCGUUCCAAUGAAUUGGCGGCGCAUGAUCCCCUACGUAAACAUAGCCACACAACUUAUUCUCUUGCGACUCUGGGACUCAUGGCACCUCUCAAGAACAUUUGGGUCGCUGCUGGGGACGGCGAUCUCGACCGCGUUCGCUAUCUCAUCGAGCAAGAAUCCUUGUCUCCCGACAUUCCUGAUGAAUUUACAUACACUCCUAUGCACGCCGCAGCGUCUUAUGGUCACCUCAAUGUACUUGAAUAUCUCAUCUCAAAAGGUGGCGAUGUCAACGUAACCGAUGAUGAUGGAGACACCCCAUUAUACACCGUGGAAGAUGUCGCAACUGCACGCUUCCUCGUAGAGAAGGGAGCACAGGUGGAUCGCCAAAAUAAGGAGGGCGUGUCACCUAUUGACCAUCUACAAGAAGAGUUUGGAGAUGUUGCAAACUAUUUGCAAUCGCUGGUUUCGCCCGCCACGGCGGUGGCGACAGAGACCGCACCACAGCCUUCGCAGCAGGAGCAAGAAAUGACCUCAGAUCGACUUGCCUCUGCUCUAAUGAGCUCUGUUGAUGAAAUCAUGCGACGAGCUGAGAGAGAAGGAACAGAUCCCGACGAAGAACUCAGGCGCGUCGUUGGCCAGACGGUCUUGGAAGGGAUGUUGGAAGGCUACUCCAUGUCGGAGCCUUCAGAAGAGAACGAUAGAGAAUCGUCUCCGAACAAAAGACCCCGAACGGACGAUGGUCCAGGGUAAGAUCUGGGUUGAGAUGUCUUUGAUGUAUGUGUGUGCCUACGUUACUAGCAUGCAUUCCAUUUUGGCUGUGAUCGCGUGGCGAUCGCAAUCGAAAGAAGGUUGCCAUGCAUCACCAUCUCGGCGUUUACAUACGCUAUGCAUACAUAGGCGGCGUUGUUCGUAAAUCUGCGUGGUAUUGGGAGACCGUAAUAGCUUUGACAUCGACACAUAAUAUGCACUCAUGAUAAACCGCAAUAAAAUAAAGCAGCUCUCGAUCAUCGAUGCCGUC